ACACCAAGGUGCAUUCACGUUGUGACAACCGUCUUUCUCAAUCAUCAUUUCAACACAUCCCGUCUCUCUCCCUCUCACACACACUAGCACACACAGUGGUGAAAGAAAGCUUUCAUCUUGUGGUUAUGGCAGGAAGGAAGAGAAGGAGACUCAAAUUGUUAUCAGUAACAUUUAAAAAUGAUACAAAAGUGUCAACAAAGGGAGAUAUUGAACAAGAAGAAGAAGAAGAAGCAUGGUCUUUCCUUCCAGUUGAACUCCUUGAAUUCAUAAUAUCCCAAUUAACACUAAAAGACAACAUUCGCACAUCAGCAGUUUGCAAAAGAUGGCUCUCAGUUGCUGUAUCUGUGAGAGUAGUCAACAAGCCACCAUGGCUGAUGUACUUCCCAAAACUCGGACACCGUUUUGAAUUCUAUGAUCCAUCACAACGCAAAACAUACUCUCUUGAAUUACCCGAAUUACACGGAUGCAGAAUCUGCUACAAUAAAGAUGGAUGGUUGUUACUCUACAAACCAAGAACACAAAGAGUCCUCUUUUUCAACCCCUUCACACGCGAAAUGAUCAAACUCCCAAGAUUCGAAAUGACAUACCAAAUUGUCGCCUUUUCCACAUCCCCAAAAUCUCCAAACUGCAUAGUCUUCACAGUCAAACAUGUCAGCCCAACCGUGGUGGCCAUCAGCACAUGCCACCCUGGCGCCACCGUGUGGACCACGGUCAACUACCACAACCGGUUGCCAUUUGUCAGCAGUAUUUGGAACAAACUUGUGUUCUGUAAUGGGGUGUUCUAUUGUUUGAGUUUAACAGGGUGGCUGGGGGUGUAUGACCCGCAUGAGUUGACAUGGACUAUCCGUAUUGUCCCUCCGCCCCGGUGUCCGGAUAAUUUCUUUGUGAAAAAUUGGUGGAAAGGGAAGUUUAUGGCAGAGCAUAAAGGUGACAUCUUUGUUAUCUACACUUGUUAUAGUGAAAACCCGAUUAUUUAUAAGUUGGAUCAGGGUAAUAAAGAAUGGAUUGAAAUGAAAAGUCUUGAAGGUGUGACAUUGUUUGCGAGUUUUUUGUCAUCACAUGCGAGAACAGAUCUUGUUGGGAUGAUGAGGAAUAGUGUUUAUUUUUCUAAAGUGAGAUUUUAUGGGAAACGGUGUAUAUCGUAUUCUUUGGAUCAUUGUCGAUAUUACCCCCGUAAGCAGUGUCAUGAUUGGGGUGAACAAGAUCCGUUUGAGAGCAUAUGGGUCGAACCACCUGAAGAUGUCUCAAAAUUCAGCUGGGAAGAUUAGUCAAUCAGUGUGAUUAGAGAAAUGAUGGGAGUGGAUUGAUUGCUUCUGAAUAAAAAGCAUAAAAGCAAAAGCAGCAGAAGGUGGGGUUGGGUAUCUGAAUUUAAGUCUGAAUAAAAAUGAAAUAUAUUAAUGGUGGAAAUAACGUGAAAUUAAAUUUAUGUAUGAUUAGGAGAUUAAAUUAAAACUUAAAAAGCCAAGCACAUAUUGCAGGCUUACUAAUAGGCAAUUAAUUAAGUUAGGAUAAAAUAAUAAUAAUAAUAUUUUCCUAAUGAUUCAUGCAAUUGCUUGUUUAAACUUUAAACUAGAACAUAAUGAUUAGAAGUAGAAUAUGAUGGUGUCUA